AUGAUUGAUGAGCAGCUGGACUUCGGACACACAUCAGAUCGGUGGAGCUUGGACAAAAUUGGGCUGGGGCGGUUGACGGGGAAGAAGAGACCAUCGAUCCUCAUCACAGGCGGUGCUGGGCAGCUAGGUCAAGCAUUAAUACCUCGGCUCACCCAGGACUAUACCGUUUAUAUCCUGGACAUCGUUCCUGUCCCCUCUUACCUACCCUCCGAAAAUGUCGUCUAUCACCGCGGUUCCGUACUCCCCUCAUCACCCUCUCUCCGCACCCUCCUCUCCUCUCACUCAUUCGAAGGCAUCCUCCACCUCGCAGCCAUCUCUCUAGACGCAUGGUGCGCACCAAAAGAGGCAGACUGCCUCGCAGUCAAUGAAGGCGGCGUCAAGACCGUCAUGAAACAGGUGGAAGGGAUCGCUAGCCGUGCCGCUAAGAGCUGGCGGAGUACGCAAGUCCCUUGGGUCGUCCUGGGCAGCUCGAUGGAGGUGUACGGGGACGGCGAGGGGAUCGUCGACGAGGUCACUGAGCGCAAAGCGGGCAGCGCGCUUGGUCGGACCAAGGCGAAGGGUGAAGAGGCGUUUGAGGCGGUCUUGUCAAAGCAGACGGGCAAGAGUGGGGUCAGGGGGAUGAUUUUGCGCUUCUCGGACGUCUAUGGCUACUCGCACGAGUCCAGUAUCCCCGAAUCGUUCGUCCCCCACCUCGUUGGAAACGCCAUCACCUCCAUGCCAAUUCAGUACGACUCGGAUACCGCCCCGAUCGACCUCCUGCACGUCGACGACGCGGUCGACGGGGUCCUCAAGGCCAUUCAGCACCUCAAGGCGGGCGGAUCAGCCGGAUCUACAUCCGUCAACCUGGUCUCUGGCAAGACGUGGGGGAUUGAGCAGGUGGUAGAGCGGGCUAGGGAGUUGACGAACGCCAUGUCGCCUAUCAUGGAUAUCGGGGACCACCAGACUUCGGUCGCCACUUCGCAAUACCACAAUGCAGUCGCCAACUCCCUCCUCGGCUGGUCACCUACCAUCACCCUCCCCGAGGGCUUCACUCGGACAUUCCAGGAACUCACCUCGGCCAUGCACUCCUACUCCCUCAACUACCUCCACGGCAACUGCGCUCCUUCCGCCGAGUUCCCCGCGCCUGACUCCCACCCUCGGUCUCACCCCGCCGACGAGCGCAACAAGCACCUUCAGAAGCUCGAGGGAUGCCUCGUGCAGGUCGCUUUUGCGCACGACGAGUAUCUGCACCACAUGAAGUGCUCAGACGGGAAGCACUGCAAGGCGGAUGGCGAGUACGUUGCGGGAUAUAAUUGGAACGGGACAUUCUGGAUCAUGCACGCUGCUGGGAAGGGCGAGAGGAAGGCCCGGGUCAGCUUUGAGGAGGAGAAGGGGAUGGGAUGGUUGGGCGCGCCGAGGGGUCUCAACGGGCAUGCUGAGGUGGGCUGGGAGCUUGUCGAUGAGGAUGACAUGAGAUUCGAGACGGACUUUGACAUGGAGGUCGCUCGUGAAUCCAGUGCUCUUCGCCUAACUUUGCCUGCUGCCAACAAGCAAGUCCACUCGGUCGCCAACGUCUCGAGCUCCACCACUUGGUUCGCCCUGGAGGACGCCAACCAUCUCGGAGGGGACCGGUUUGACAUGCGCAUCAAUGUGGUCUGCUGCCCUACUGAGGGGAACUGGCCUUUGGUUCUCGAUGAUUACGAGUCAGCGGACGUCCACUUUGGCCAUACCGGCCAGAUCCCCGCCAAUUCGUCACACCGGGCUCACACCUGUCAGCGCGCCACCGAGUCUGCUCGUCACACCAUCAAGCAGCUCCAGUCAUUCGCCGAGGCCAAGUCGGCUCCCUCCUCCUUCAGUAGCGUAUCGGGUAACACCCUAUCGCUCGUCGAUCGUCCUCACGACUGGGCAGUCCGCGACUUGCCUGCAUGCUGGAACGACUGCUCCGCGCCCGUCAUCUGCGUCCAGACCGGGUCUUGCCGCUGCGUCCGGGCCGAAUGUCCUUCCCGGCGCGAGAACCCCCUCUUGGCUCUGAAACACGUCGAGAAGCCCAAGGUCUCGUCCCCGUCCAAGCUCGGCGCACUCCAGGCCUACUCGCCCAAACUCGUCGAUAGCGUCAAGAAGCUGUCCUUCGAGGAUAUGCUCCUCCCCGCUGCUCGGUCGUACCUCGCCAAACACCCCGAGUUCAUCAAGAUCCACGUUCUUGACGGGUACGAAGGCCAGGAGGCGGUCGAGGCGGCGGAGUGCCACAAGCUGGGGGACAAGCACUGCUUCUCGGCCGAUAACGUCCUCUACAAGGCGAUGCGGUCGAUGCAGGUCUCGGCGGAAGAGGCGGAUCUGAUUAUGCUGCCCGUGUAUCAGCAGUGUAAGGGGCAGCCGUUCAUGCUGCACGACCUGGUCGGGGAGGCGAAGAGGCGGGUGCCGGGUGUCGAGGAGAGGACAAAGAAGAUGGGGAUGGUACUCACCCACGACUGGGGAAUUUGCGGCUCGUUUGCCUGGGAGGUCUGGUCGGCUCGUCAGAACGAACUCAAACCGGACUGGCCGCUCAACGACGCGAUCGUCAUGGCCGUCAUGGGCGAUUACGACUCGCCCUGCUACCGGCCACACCAGGACGUCGUCAUCCCUGCUCGGUCCUGCCGAUCCAACGCCCUGCGCGAGACAUUUGGCGGACUCGAAAAUGUUCGGCCGGCGCAUGAACGGACAAAGCUCCUCACAUGGGCCGGAACCGCAUGGGGAACGGGCAAGAGCGAUCGGAUGCGCUUGACGUGCAGCCGAGGUGGUGCGGGAGAGAAGGAGCUCGUUAAAGGGGCAGGACCCCAGAGCGUCUUUUACAGUUGGGACUAUAUGAACGAGCUGGCGCAUGCUCGUUUCUGCCCCCAACCGCGUGGAAUUGCUGGCUGGUCCCCACGUACCAACGACGCAAUCUACGCCGGCUGUAUCCCCGUCAUUAUCGCCGAAGGCACCCAUUUCCCCUUUUCAAACUUUCUCGACUGGACGAAAUUCUCAGUCCAAGUCCACCCGACCGAUCUGGACCAUAUCGAGCAGAUCCUCGGUGCGAUCCCGCUCGAGCGUGUCGAGGAGCUCCAGGCGAACCUCGCGAUGGUGCGCGAGGGAUUCCUCUAUUCGACGGAUGAGGAGCCAGAGGCGGAGACGAGACGAAAGGGACCGAUGUGGUUUGCGAUGCACGAGGUGGGGAUGAGGAUGAGGACAAAGUACCCGGCGGUUGAGGUGCAGGCGGAGGUGGUGGUUUAG